AUGGAUGUGUGCAGCAGGACCCCGAACCGCACGGCGCCGGUCGGGGAGGACGGACUGCCAGGCGCCGACGUGCCGCUCUGCUCCCGCACUAAUGGCUGGAGCUGGCCGCCUCACCCCUUCCAGCUGCUCGCGUGGCUGCUCUACGUCUACUUCGCUGUUACCAGCUUUGGCGUGUUCGUCCCCCUGCUGCCCGCUCACUGGAUCCCUGCAGGUUACAUCUGCACGGGCAUCAUGUUUGUGUGUCACCUGUGUGUCCACGUGAUGGCGGUGUCCAUGGACCCGGCCGACUACAACGUCAGGACAACGAGCCACAGGGGUCCAGUCCCCGCUUUCGACCGCUCCAAACAUGCACAUGUCAUCGAGAAUUGCCACUGCUACCUCUGCCAGGUGGACGUGGGACCAAAGUCUAAACACUGCAGUGCCUGUAACAAGUGCGUCGCCAACUUCGACCAUCACUGUCGAUGGCUCAACAACUGUGUUGGGAGCAGGAACUACAAGUUGUUCCUCUACAGCGUUGUCUCCGCUCUGUUGGGCGUCUGUCUGGUUCUGGUCGUCGCCUCCUACGUCUUCAUCGAAUUCUUUCUGGACCCGACUCAACUCCGCUCUGACAAACACUUCCUGGUGAGGAACGAUACAGGUGUGUGGUUCGUCUUCCUGCCCGUGGCACCGGUCCGAUCAGCAGCAGCCGUGAUUCCGUGUCUCGCCGCCGUCUCCGUGUCCCUGGGUCUGUUGUCGUCAGUUCUGCUGAGUCACCUGCUCUGCUUCCACGUCUACCUGAUGUGGAACAGACUCAGCACCUAUGAGUACAUUGUGCGGCAGCGUCACCGUCACGACAACCGAGACCUGAGGAAACCAGGACUAGUGAAGGAGCCGGAAACUCCUUCAGACCUCAGGGACCUGAACUACUCUGGGACACUGGGUUAUACCAACCCUCAGCUGGACGUGGAGGAACCUACCACUGUGUCGGCGCGGGGAGAGCCAGAGUUCCUGGUUAACGGCAGAGUGAGGAGUGUAUCCAGUCCGGUCAUGGAGGAAGAAGCUCCACCCUCCAUGUCUACACGACUGAAAGCAACAGCACAUACACACACACAACGACGCACACAGAAAAAGAAGAAGAAAGUCCGUAAGGUUCCAAUCGAGGAAACGAGGGAGCAGUGCUCGAGCGUGGCCCCGCCCCCAGCAGAUCCCAGUCUCUCCUCUGUGUCGCUCAGUCAGCGACUUCCUUUCCCCGUCUUUCCCCUGAGGGCCUCCCUGCCCCCCCUGGCCCUCGCCUCGGGCCCCGUUCAGGCUGCCGCCCCCCCUGCUGAGUACCACUCGGACUCUGCAGAGUCCUUGGAGGAGAUCCCUGUGGCGUUGGCCAAACUGGGCUCUUCGUCCUCUGCCGCUGCCGGAGAAGCCUCCUCAUCUUCACACAGAGCCUUCCCAGGGUUCCCCCUGCCCUCGCCCCAGCCCAGGACUAAGAGGAAGUCCACCUCCUCCCGUGCAAAUAAGAGCGCAGCGGAGCUGAGGUUUGAAAUGGCCUCCACCCAGCUGCCCACUGUGUUUGUAAGCCGCGCCAGUGGAGAGCCCCGAGAGGACGGCUUCAAUCUGAGCAGGAGGCAGAUGGGGCCAAGACCCGGGUCCAGACCUGGAUCCAGAUCUGGGUCCAGACCUGGAUCCAGACCGGCGUCCCGGGCGUCACUGGGCUCAGGUGCAGCUUCCUGGAUGGAGCGAUAACCUGAGCCAACAAUUCUUUUAAUCUCUACAAUCAUGUGCACUGCAGCCACGCACAAGUCUUUAUUUAACUGACUUUUAUUUUGAAGGGUCUUUGUAUAUCUCACUAUUUAUUGUUUUGAUAUUUUUUUAUUCUGAAGCCAAAGGCCAGUUCCUGUCUGUGCACAAUCUUUAUACUGCUGCUUGUGUGUUGAGCUGUUGAGACGCAGCUCACUGAGUUAGUGGAUGUUUGUCUCUCUUUUCCUCUGCCCCCCCCCCCCCCCCAUCAUAAACUCCUGAGACGCCAUCACAUGUUUUUACUGUUUCCAGGUCUCUAUGGUAACCCAGGACCAGAGGGAUGGAGGUGUUAUUAGGGAGAUGACAUCACUUCCUGUUCUCACAAGUCUCUGUUUAAAUGCAGCAACAAAAUGAACACAGAAAAUGCUCAUGCUGAAAUCCCACGCCCCCCCCACUACAUAUGUUAUAUUGAAUAUUAUGAACCAUUAAUUUAAAUCACAAUAUCUUUCAGGCACCAUUCAUAAUAUAUUCAUGAAUGAAUUCAUUUGUAUUUAUUUUGUAAAUACUUUUUUUUUUAUUUAAAAAUAUUUUUACUACAUUUUUUCAUACACUUUUCAGCCAAUCAGAGGCCUCCUCUUCCUCUCUCUUGGAUGUUGAUUGGUCGCAGGUUCAGACAAGAACCUGAUCAUCGUUCUAGACGAAGCUAAACUCAACUGUUUGUGGACACAUGUCUCUCUGAGUCUCAUCAGGUCCAACGUCUCUCUGGACAUUUUGCUGUAGCGUUUAUAUUAGCUGCUGAUGCUAACGGUGGCUAACCUGGUUAGAGCAAACACCCCCCCCGCCCAACCCACUGAAAUAAAAACAACUUCUGAUUUUUACUGGAGCGCUUUGAUCUCAGCCCUGACCUCUGACCCCUGAGGUCAAAGGACCAUCGAUCCUGACGUUUCUCGAACUCCUGAAUGUUUCAGUUCGUCCCCUCUGACAAUUUCGUGACAUUUUCUCAC